CCAAAUGAAAUGCCUACUUUUGUGGCGGAAUCAACUGUCUCUACAGGAGCUGCCGGCGGUGACUCACUCACCAACCUCCUUUCUUUACCUUACAAAUCUCUCUCUGAUCACCUCAAAUCCGCUGCUUUGGCCCUCAAAGAAACCGUAUUCUCUCUUCAAAACUCUGUUUUUGGGUUAUUCAAUUUUCAUUUUUAGCUUCAUUUCAUGCAUAAAUCUGUGGGAUUCUGCAUAGAGAAAUAAAUUUGGUAACUUUGCUGUAUUUUUAUGUUCUGGGUUUGUUGAGAUUUUCUAAUUUAACACCCCCCCCCCUUUUUGCUUCAUUGAUAUAUUCGCAUGUUAAUUAUGCGUAUAGGCAUUGCAAUUGGUGACUUUAAUGUAUAUUCUGUUCUGGGUUUGUUGAGAUUUUAUGAAAUAACCAACUUUUACUUUAAGAAAAAGGGGGAAAAUUGUUUUUUUUUUCUUUCGUUUCCUAAGUUUGGGAAUUGUUUGGUUUGGAGUCAGGUGGUGAGGGAGACUUGGGGUUUGAGUGGAAAGAGAGUGCAAGAUUAUACUUUGUACACAGGAGCACUUGGGACUGCUUAUUUGGUCUUUAAAGCAUACCAAGUUACCAAGAAUGACAAUGAUCUUAAAUUAUGCUCUGAUAUUGUUAAAGCUUGUGAUUCUGCGUCUAAAGAUUCUGGGCGUGUGACGUUCAUUUGUGGACGGGCUGGUGUUUAUGCUCUUGGUGCUGUCAUAGCAAAGCAUUCCGGUGAUACAAGUUUACAACAGCGCUACUUGGAAAAAUUCAAAGAGAUCAGAUUCCCUAGUGACUUGCCGCAUGAAUUAUUAUAUGGGAGAGCAGGGUUCUUGUGGGCCUGUUCAUUCUUAAAUAAGCAUAUCGGCAAAGACACGAUAUCUACCGCUCGCAUACGAGCAGUUGUAGAUGAAAUUAUUGAGUCCGGUAAACGGCUGGCGGGCAAGGGAAGAUGUCCGUUGAUGUAUGAAUGGCAUGGGAAGAAGUACUGGGGAGCUGCACAUGGACUGGCAGGAAUUAUUCAUGUUUUGAUGGACACAGAAUUGAAGCCGGAUGAGGCGGAGUAUGUCAAGGGUACUCUUCGCUACAUUAUCAAAAACCGUUUCCCCAGUGGGAAUUAUCCAUCAAGUGAGGGAAGUGAAUCCGAUCGUCUUGUACAUUGGUGCCAUGGUGCUCCUGGCAUCACACUCACCCUUGUAAAAGCAGCCGAGGUUUUUGGGGACAAGGAAUUUCUACAAGCAGCAUUGGAUGCCGGAGAGGUAGUUUGGAAGCGAGGUCUGCUUAAGCGAGUCGGAAUCUGUCAUGGUAUAAGCGGGAAUGCGUAUGUAUUCCUUUCACUGUACCGAUUGACUGGCAAUGUGGAGUACUUAUAUAGAGCUAAAGCAUUUACUUCCUUCUUGUCCGAUAGAGCAGAGAAACUUAUAUCGCAAGGAAAGAUGCAUGGAGGUGAUCGUCCGUAUUCCCUCUUUGAAGGUAUCGGGGGAAUGGCGCAUCUCUUUCUGGACAUGGUCAAAGCGUCUGAGGCCAGAUUCCCUGCUUAUGAAAUUUAACAAGUUAUGUGAUAAACUUAGAAUGUUAUAUGACAUUAGCAAGUGGACCUUAUGAAAUCCAUUCAGCAUGAUUGGUGGUGAGUUUGUGGCUCCCAGCUUAAGCAAA